GCCACUGCUCAACCCCCUUCUUGUUGGUAAAGUAGAAUUCUCAAGGACCUCCCACUCCUCAUGUGUCGUCAUCUAGCCUCAGCCGGAGAGAAUAUUUAUAAGAGAGAGAAUCGGGGAAAAACAAGUCGUACCGAACCGCCUGCGUAGGCUAAGCCGGCUCCCCUUGUCCGGGGCUUUGUUUUUUUCUAGAUAGCCGGUAUAGCUAAAAAAAAAAAAGGGGGAUGAAGGGACUCCUGCCAUUUUACCGGGCGUUUUACACCUUAAGUAACCGACAAGCCAAGCGAAAUGCUGGAUUUGCCGGUUCUCAGCGCGGGUUUUGCGGAACCGUGUCUGAUGGCAAGCCACAGCCUGGCUUUGGCCUGCUUUUCGACAUUGAUGGGGUGCUUGUCAGAGGAAAAACUCCCAUUCCUGCUGCCAAAAAGGCCUUUCAAAAACUGGUGAAUUCUCAGGGACAAUUUGUGGUGCCAGUUGUGUUUGUCACGAAUGCGGGAAACUGCCUUCGACAAACUAAAGCAGAUCAGCUCUCCCACAUUCUUGGGGUGCCUAUCACACAGGACCAGGUCAUUAUGUCCCAUAGUCCUCUGAGGAUGUUCACACAGUACCAUGAGAGAUGUGUUCUUGUGUCAGGUCAAGGACCAGUCCUGGACAUUGCCAAAAAUCUGGGCUUCCAAAACGUGGUUGGCAUUGACAUGCUGAGAGAGUCCUUCCCUUUGCUGGACAUGGUGGACCAUAACAGACGACCUAAACUUCCUUCCACCUCCAUUGUCAACCUUCCAAACAUAGAGGCUGUGAUUCUCUUUGGCGAGCCCAUUCGAUGGGAGACUAACCUGCAGCUAAUUGUUGACAUCUUGUUGACCAAUGGGAACCUGGGCAGUACCCACCAGCCCCAGAAGCUGCCCCACCUCCCUCUGCUGGCCUGCAACAUGGACCUCAUGUGGAUGGCUGAGGCGCAUUCUCCACGGUUUGGUCAUGGGACUUUUCUAGUGUGCCUAGAGAACAUUUACAAGAAGAUCACAGGUAAAGAGUUAAAGUACGAGGCUCUGAUGGGGAAACCCAGUGAACUGACCUACCACUUUGCAGAAUAUCUCAUCAGGGGCCUGGCUGUGGAGAAGCAAUGGAGAUUGCCCAUCACUUCCCUCUAUGCUAUAGGUGACAACCUCAUGACUGACAUAUACGGUGCCAACCUCUACAACCGCUACUUGGAGGAGAGGACAGCCAAGAAGAAGUCCAAAGCAAUGGCCAAGUUGGCAUCCGCCACUGGCUCCAGCACAACCCUGCCUGAAGAUGUGGAGGUGGACAACGCCUGGGAGGGGGAACUCGCUCCCCCCUUAGCCACUUCCUGCAAGUCAAUCCUGGUGUGCACAGGGGUUUACAACCCACACACAGAGGUGCCCACAGAUGCUAACCAGUGUAUCAAGGAGACUGUGUUUCACGGGCACCGUGACUUCCGUUUCGACCCUGCACUGGUGGAGCCAGGCCACAUUGUGCAGGAUGUCCACGAUGCCGUGGAUCUCAUCUUCGAGCAAGAGAAGUUUGUGCCUCUGUAGUUCAGGAUGUCAUCUUUCAAAAAACCUUUGAAAUAGUCUUGGGUUGUGUCAGAUUGAGGUGGUUAGGUGCAAGGGGAAAGUUAGUAUUAGAGGGAUAGGUGUUUGGAGAUAUAUAGUUCUAGAAAAUAUCCCUCUCAGUUCUCCACUAGAAAAGACCACUUUUAUCGACUUACUUGUGAUAAAUCCAACACUGUGGACAGUGUUUACAAGUCAGGGCAUUGAAGUAACUUCAUAAAGGUCAUGUUCAAAUCAUAACAUUGUAACAAGUACUUGACAGCUGAGACUGAACAGUUUUUCUCUCUGUUAUGUUGUUUUAUAGAUGUUUUUGGUUGAUUCAGCACAAUUACCCAAAUUGUAAGCAAUGACAAUUACAUUUAAAGAAUGCCUUAUUUGAUGUAAUUAAGUAUUUUCUUGUGCAUUAUAAACUUUUAGAUGGUCCGCCCAUCCUCUAUUUAUUAUUACAGUUAUGUUAGCUAUGUUUUUAAGUCCAUCGUAUUCAUUUUUUAUAUUUACAUUUGUCCAAAUGUUUUUUCUUUAAACAUUAUGCAUUUAACUUGUUUUUUUCUAUGCAUGCAUUUCAUUAGAUUGCAAAUUUGCACCGUGAGAACAUAAGAACAUAUUAUUUAGAGUGCAGUAUGGUCCUUUGACAGUGCUGUCUAAAUUGUCUAUUUACCUACAUGUGUAACCAUUUAAUGUGUUUUUGCACAGAAAAAAAUGUUCAUUUAAUGUUACCAUAUCUUGCAGGGCUGUUCAUCCUACCCAUAAUUGUAUGCAUUUCUUUUCAUAUGCAUACAACAAACUGUAACUAGCCAUUUAUAUUUAUAUGAACGAUAUAAAUAUAACAAAAGCUAUUUUUCCAUUGGUUGAUUACUUGUGUCUUUCAGUUAAAGCAUUUCAUAUUUUAAAAGCUCAAUAUUGCCUGGAAAGAGCAUAUGUUAGUUUACAUGAACACAAAUAACUCCCU